UCCGGCGACCUACAUAAACUCCCUCCUCCUCGCCGUGGCAUUACCACCAAAGCAUUCCACAAAAUUCAACAAGCAAUCCAACGCAGUCCAACCCGAGGAGAUUGAUCAAGCUCGAGAUCAGCCAGCAAGAAUGGCGGGCAUGGUGUUCGGCUUGGAGACCCCGGUGAUGACCGCCCUGCAGCACCUGCUGGACAUCCCAGACGGCGAGGCUGGUGCCGCCGGCGGCGAGAAGCAGGGCCCGACGCGCGCCUAUGUCCGCGACGCGCGCGCCAUGGCGGCCACCCCAGCCGACGUGAAGGAGCUGCCGGGCGCGUACGCGUUCGUGGUGGACAUGCCGGGCCUCGGGUCCGGCGACAUCAAUGUGCAGGUGGAGGACGAGCGGGUGCUGGUCAUCAGCGGCGAGCGCCGGAGGGAGGAGAAGGAGGACGCCAAGUACGUGCGGAUGGAGCGUCGCAUGGGCAAGAUGAUGCGCAAGUUCGUGCUCCCCGAGAACGCCGACAUGGAGAAGAUCUCCGCCGCGUGCCGCAACGGCGUGCUCACCGUCACCGUCGAGAAGCUGCCGCCGCCCGAGCCCAAGAAGCCCAAGACAAUCCAGGUCCAGGUCGCCUGAGACGCAUCGUGUGCGCGUCGAAUCGAAGCAGAGUGUGAUAAAGUGGUGGAGUGCCUGUCUCCUGAUUUCGUCUGCUAGUAGCAUGGUUAUCUGAGAGAGAGGGUGUGUACUGUCUGUUCGUGAUGUUCCGUUAAUGGAAGUCGAGAUGUUCUCCUGCUUUGCCUGAAUAAGAACUGUAUUGCCAAACUCAGGUGAAAUUUUCAGCAGCUAUACAAAUCCUGUGUGUUUUGA